UUUGGUUCGUUCAGCACAUGGCCCAGUAAGAGCAGCGCGGCCGGACCACACCACCGCCGUCUUUCCACGCCCGCACGACGCCGGGGAACCUCGCAGCGCCGAACCGGAAUAGGGCCGUGUGAGCGCCGCUUGACUCGGAGGUGUUCAUCGCCGGGAGGCGAGAGCGCGUGCUUCCCUACCCCCCACCAACCCCGCAGCUUCUGAAACCCCAACCCUCUCUUCUUCCCGAACUCCACGCGUCGAGAAAUUCGGGGAGGAUGGCCGGAUUGGCCGCAACCGCGUCAGCCCUCGCCGCAGGCAUGUCUUCGCUUCCAUGGUGCAGGCCGACUCGACCCAGCGGCCUAACGAGGCCUCCACCACUCCAGGUUGCCGAGCUACAACCAUGUCGAUUCGCCUCGGCCGGACGGCUGAAAUGUGCGGCUGCGUCGGGCAAUGGGCGUCAGGGACCUCGCGCCAGCCAAUACCUGUUUGAUGAUGAUGAGCCGCUGUGGAUUGCGGUGGUAAGAGAAUUCGCUGUGAGUGUGAGGAACUUGGUGGUCUUCUUGGCUGAGCAGCCAAGGCAACUGAAGCACCUCGAAUGGCCGGCAUUCCGGAAUACGUUGAGGACGGCAGCACUUACUCUCAUACUUGUUGUUGUGUUCAUUGUUGCCUUGUCUUCCGUUGACGCUGCCCUUUCAUACAUUUUGUCCUGGCUACUUCGGAAAUCUGCAUAGUUUACUGACCUGGCAAAUUAUUAAGGGGUGGAUGAUGCUAUACAGAUCUGAGGUGGGAAGGUGGUUAAUGUCCAAGCAUACCAUGUUAUCCUGAGGGUUGAGAGAAUUGAAAUGAAUGCUCUGCAACUGAGAUUUGUUUGUUGUGAAUGUGUAAUGUAUUUAUGCAGCUGCUUACUAUGGUAGUUAAAUGCUAACUAUUUCUAUUUGGUUAAGAAAAGAAAGCUGCUGCUUUGUGACCAUGAGGUCACAGGUUCAAGUCC